UUUGAAAGUGGUCUCUGGGUUACAGGCUGCUGGAGGGAUAACGUUAGCUACAAACCACCUCCUCCUGAACACUGCCCAUUAAGGGUUCAUUUAGUCUUUCAGCCAGAAUCACGGACAUGUCCUUAUUGGUUAAGAUGUUCAGUGGAGGAGAAAAGGUGAGAAAGAAGCCCGGCCAACAAGAGGAGAUUGAGAAACCUCCAGACAGAGAGGAGUUGCUGAUGAAGAAGAAAUCAUUUCUGAAGGAAAAGAUUGACCAGGAGCUCCUGUGUGUCAAGAAAAACCUCAGAAAGAACAGAGGAGUGUCUCUGCAGGCGCUGAGAAGAAAGAAGUGGUACGAGAAACAUCUCAAGUACAUUGACUGCGCCGUUAAGGCCAUGAGGUCUGCUCAGGAACACAUAGAUAUCGUCAACAAGGUGAACGAGCUGAUCAAGGACAUUACAGAGGAGCAGGAUGAGACUCGAGACAUGUCGGACACCUUCUACACAUCUGUGAGCUUUGGAGUAGAAUUUGAUGAGGAUGAGCUGCUGGCAGAGCUGGACAGGCUGGAGAAGAAUCUGGAUGAGAGUCUCUUUGAGAAGGACAGAAUGGAGGAGAGAGUCCCUUGUACCAAAGUGUCGCCAACCACAUCACCUCCCCGUCCUGCCAAGACUGAGGAAGACGAGUUUGAGGAAGAUUUAGAGUAUCUGCGUCGCUGGGUGAACGGACCCUCAUAAACACACCAUAGUGCAGGAUGGAAUAAAUACAUUAUUGUUCAUGAGUUUCCCAUGUUUAUGUGGACAUUUGACUCUAUAGCAAAGUGUUAGUGAAAAGGAGCGAGUUAUUUAAUGCAAUGUAUUGCAGAAACUACUUCUAAUUUUUAUUGUAGUGAAGUAUUAUGAGCUCUGUAAUACACUAUUAUUAUUAUUAUACUAUAAUUAGGGCAUUUGUAAACAUGAUUUAAAGCUGCAGUCGUUAAACGUAUUAUUUUUAUUUAAACUGAAACUUUCACUAUGUCCUGACAGUAGUAUAAGACAGAUAAUCUCUGAAAACAUUUGGUUCCUCUGGCUCCUCCUAGUGCUCCUAAUGGUAUUUGCACAAAUCCACCAGGCCUGAAUGAAAACAGCCAAUCAGAGCCAAGAAAGAUAGUUCAUUCUCAUUCCCUGGUUGUUAAAUACAGACACUUUGGGUCCCUGGAAGUAAAACUAAACAUUUGCCAUGAGGAGCACUAGGAGGAGCCAGAGGAACCUGAUGUUUUCACAGAUUAUUUAUUCUGUCUUGUACUAUUGUGAGGAUAUAGAGCAAGUUUCGGCAAAUAUAACAAAAAAACAUUUUUUAUUAAAUAAAUGUACCUACUGCAGCUUUAAUUACCCUAUGAAGUAAUGCGACAUUACUGAACUUGUCCCCUCCCAUCAUUGUUUCACCUACUCAUGCUUCUCAGCAGUGGCUCUUAUUAUUUUGUGUAUUACUACAAAUUGAUCUUUUUUAUAUAGGAUCUUUGCUGUAGCUGAGAUGGUCUUUUAAGGUUUGGUGAAACACAGUGUUGGCUUUGAUGCUGUUGGCAGUCAGGGUCCUUACGUUAAGAGUUUUUGUUUCAAAUUGCUGAAUGUUACAAAAAUAAACAUUGAAUUUAUAGACA